AUGACAUUGUCUUUUACAAACGUUAUAGGUAUUCUCGCAAGCGCAACAACCAUUUCCGGUGCAAUGGAUGAUGCUGACAAAAUGCAGACCAUAAACCCAGAUAAUGCUUAUGCUGAUGUAGUGUGGAAUUCAAUAUCAUUAACUCAUGUAGAAUACCCCAAAGGUGACAUAGUAGGCUAUUUUUUAGCUUGGUGCAGUCUUUUACCCAUAUUUACCAUUGCUGGAUUUAUUACUCUAAUUUUAUUUAGAAGAGAUUUACAUACAAUUUCUUAUUUUACUGGUCAUCUGCUGAAUGAAGCAUGUAACUGGAUUCUAAAGCAUAUGAUCCGAGAAAAGAGGCCACUAAGAGAUCGUGCAGUACUUUACACUGAAUAUGGGAUGCCAUCAAGUCAUGCUCAGUUCACAUGGUUUUUCUCAACUUAUAUGGUUUUCUUCUUAUUCAUAAGGGUAUACAGAAAUCACAGCUUGAUGGACGAUUUAUGGAAAUAUUUAGUCAGUAUUGUCUGCUUUACUUUAUCAUCAGCAGUUGUAUAUAGUAGAGUGUACCUAGGUUACCACACAUUUGGGCAGGUAUCCUGUGGGGCACUUUUAGGGAUUUUUCUUGGAGCUCUUUGGUUUGCUGUAGUGCAACUUGUAUUGACACCAUGUUUUCCUCAUUUAGCCUCUCAUCCUAUUGGAGAGUUUUUAAUGCUGAGAGAUUCUACUUUAAUUCCACAUGUUAUGUGGUUUGAGUACACAUCAUCUAGAUCAGAAUCCAGGAAUAGACAAAGGAAAGUAACUGGUCGUAAGUCUCAGUGACGGUGGAGACAGGUAGCCAGUCUGGUUGUGGAUCCCCUGAUCUGUCAGCAUUGUGCUAGUCUCUCCCUCCAACUCCAAAGUCAAUGGUUGGCUGAAUGUGAGCUGACUGGGAAUUUCCCAUGAUUCCUUGUGUUUGGAAUGGGAGAAAAUAUUCAAAAGAUUGAAGAAGUCCCCAUUAAUUGUUCAUAUAAUAGUUGCUAAAGAAAUUUAGCAUGCAACUGUGAUUAGUUUGGGAGAGAAAUGCAGUGUGGUGGGUCUUUAAUUUUGCUGAUUCAGAAAUACAUGUACAUUUUCUAUUAUUUAUUUAUUGAAUAGAUAAGAAUAUCAUUAAAAUGGUCCAUGAAUUUGCUUCUAUUGUGCAUUUUAAUGGACUAGAGUAUAGACAGUUUAGUGAUGGUUGGCGUUUUAAUGUCGUGCAUUAUUUAAUCAAAAAUAAAUGUUAAACUCUUAUUUUGUAUUUUAAUGUUACUUUUAUAUGUAUUGUAUUGCAAGUAUAAAAUAACUUAGAAUAAUUAUAUACAUGUAGCAUUCUGUACUUUUGCUGUUUGUGAUCAAUGUUUAUUUAUAAGUAUACUAGUUAUAUGUACAUUUGUCUAUGAAGUAUUUGACUGUCCUCCAGUUUUGGAUUUUAUAAAUGAUAUUUUUAGAGCUCAAAAGUAUAUUUGUGUCAGAACAUUUGUAUUUAUUCUCUGACAGGGAAAUUAUAAUAAUAAUAAAAAAAAAAAAAAGAAUCAAUGAUAUUAAGAUUUUGAUUUGAUUUUCAAGGAAUUUUCUCUUUAUAUCACAUACACAUACACAUCAGGCCAGUGUAAGCAGGGGAGGUGCAAAGCUGCAUUUGCACACACUCAUUUAAGAAAUGUUUUAGCACUAUCAAAGCCUACAAUUUACAGGAAACAGUAUUUAACCACUGAUUUUCAUUAUCAGUAUGCUAUAUAGGGCAUAUUUUUACCCAUAAUGUGUUUUAGAAACUUGGUGUCAUUUAUAUAUGGAGAAAACCUCAUUAUUCCAGAAAUUUGCACCUCCUCUGGGAAAUUCUGGUUACGAACCUGCUCAUCAAGAGACAGAUUUAUUAACCAAUGCCUGUUAAGGACUAAGUCUUUGGUAGAGAUUAAGAAAUAGAAAAAAUUCUAUCAAACAAAUCUGUAUUUUAAAAGUAGAUUAUUUUGACAGAAUGGUAUUGUAUUUUGAGGAGUAGAUUGAAUGGUGGUGUAUUUUGAGGAGUGGAUGGUUUUGACACAGGUGUUCCUGUACUAAAUAAUCUGUAUGGACUUGAACUUCAGUAAAUUUAUCAUACCAUAAACAACAUUGCAGCUUGAGUGCAUCAUUUUUUUCAACUGAUUGUUAAUGUGAAGUCAUUAAGGUUUUCACCCAUGACAGUUUUUUAAUUCAUAUUUGUUAACAGGAAUAUACAUGCAAGAAUGUUUAUAAAAUUUAUGUACAUGGAUGAGAAGUCAUUAGAGUUACACCCUGGGAUACUAACAUAAUUGCUUACUUGAAGCUGGUAUUUUUAUCAUUUGUUUUCCAAAGUUAGUUUUUACAAAAGUGAUUUCUUUGUAAAUGAAUAUUCUUUUAUACCUAAAACCAAAGAUAUAUAAUUCGUAAUGUAAUGUGUUGUAAUAUUAAUGUAUAUAUAUAAUGUACUGAAAUAAUCUUCCCAUCUCUUCAUUAUUGAUUGAAAUAUUAACAUGCAUUAUUAGACAACUGUAUCAUCGAUUGGUUAUUAGUUAAAUUAUUGCACAAGCUUAUUGUGGUGGGAUGAGUUUAUAAUUGUUAUAUAGACUCACUAUUCUUUUUAACUAUGGAGAAUACUGCUGAAAUGUCAUAGUUUUUGAUCAUUAGAAAUAGUAUUCAUGCUAGCAGAGAAAAUAUAUUUUUUCAAGGAUAAUUUAAUUAAGUCAUCUGUCAGUUACAUUUCUGUACUUCACUCUUAAGCAUAUGAAAAAUUCAUUCAAUGCAUUAAAUUUCGAAGUGAAAGUGCUGAUUGAUAGCAAUGUCAUGUCACUUUUUUUCACUAAUUAGUAAUUGUUCAAUAUAAACUACAUGUAACAAUUGUGAUUUGAGAAAAGUCACCAUAUUAAAGCUUAAUGCCUAUUUGUACGGAAGCUGGAUAGUGCCAGGUGAGAAAAAUAAUUAUCUGGCUAACACCGCAUCUUUUUCAGGCAGCCAUCACUUAAGAGUUAUGUGACGGUCGUCAUAUAAAUUUCUGGUGGCUGCCAGGUAAAAAAAAAUGUUCUCACCUGGCACUGAUGGCUUCAUUACAUUUGCAUUCUUUCUCUUAAUUAUCUUUAGUCUAUGAAAAGAUACAAGAUUAAUUACUGAAUGUACCGUUUAUGUAGUUUUUACUGCAUGUUGUUUAAUGUAAUCGUUGAUGUGAAGUGUAUGGAUUUCAAUGUUUUGGGAAGUGUUAUAUUGGAGGAUAAAGUGUUAGAAAUGUGGUUGUCAAUUCUGAUAUUGAAAUAGGGACUUUAUAAUUUUAUUAAAUAAACUCUUUAAUUAUUUAUAUAUAUAUAUGUGGAAUAAAACCAACAACACCAA